UUCCGUAAUUAUAAUUGGUAGGUUACCUACGAAAGUAUAACAUCGUGUGACAGCAUCUAUCAAUUUUUCAUUCAGCAUCCUUCAACCUUUUUCAGGCAAAUGAAAAUGAUUCAAUUGGCAUAAGAUGCAUCAGUUUAUCAGAUCAGUUCCGCUUUGUAAUUCUAACGCAUAAUUUAGGCUUUUCCAAUUAUUAUCAUUUCGAGACAUUCGAUAAUAGUAGCCGCUAUUAUAAAAGCCUUAUCAGAUACCAUAAAUGCAUGACUACCGCAAUUGCACACCUGUUUGAUUGCCAAAUCUAGUGUCCAGAUGGCCUCUUUCGGAAAUAUCGAACACCUGUCGUUCUCGUCAUAUUUGGCGAUUGAUAAGACGCGCUUAUCAUACUCGCAAAUAUUUGAACAUGGUAUAAAUACUAAGCACCCAUUUAGGGGAAGGCCAUCAGUUGAUCCCAUUCGAAUAUUUGGUGAAGUCCCUGGGUUACCGUCCCCGAAUUACCAGCAAAAUGUUCAAGUUCCUGCUUCUGGCCACCCUGAUCCCAGCUGUCCUGCUGCAGAAUGCCGAUAACGUAGAUACUCAAGUUUGGCCAACGGUUUCCAUCCGUCCAUGUGCUGGAGUACGCCCAGUACCCCAAUCGGUACGCAUUGAAGAUUGCUAUGAGACUCCGUGUCUGUUGCGCCGAGGAACCGAUGCCAGAAUGGCUCUGGACUUCAUUGGGGUUCAAGACGCCUCCGUCCUGACCACUAUUGUGACUGCUACUGCUCUGGGAAUCACCGCUCCUUAUGAGCUGCCAGCUGAUCGUUCCGCUGUUUGUAACUGGCUGGUGCAAUCCCGUUGCCCAAUCUCGGCGGGAGAGGAACUGAUCUACCACCUGAGUAUGCCCGUCACCGCCAUCUACCCGCUGGUCAGUGUGACCAUCGAAAUCGAUUUGGUAGACUCGACCGGACAGUCCCACGCGUGCUUCGUUGUUGAUACUCGCGUGGUUGCUAACUAAAAUAUUUUUUGGUCAUCUGGAAUAAGUCUCGUCGUAUAGUGGCGAGCCAUUCCACAAGUUUCAGAAGAAGACUUUCAGCGGAAAUGCAAGAGUGAAAAUCAGCUGUUCCAAUCGGUAAGAUAUUUUUGGAUGUUCUUAAAUAACAUCAGCAACUGAGUGAUUCAUGUUAACGACUGAUAUAAGAGAUGCUCGGAAAACGUGAUGACUCAUUUUAAGUUCUAACUCGUUAAUUCUUUAUACUUACUUGUGAUAAGAAUUUAGUUAUCAAAUCUGUAUGAUUUGAUUUUUAAAAUUGUUAAUUUUUGUCUGCCCCUAGUGAAUUAUAAAACAAAUUUUUAAGAGUUUUUUGAACCUGGAGGUCUUGUGCCAAAACUUUAAAAACAACUGAUUUGAUGUUGCUGCAUUACUGUACCUUUGACUACUUGCCACUUAGCCUCUCUUUAGAAAUAUGAAACAAUGUAUAUAAUAUUUUGAG